AGAAGAAGAAAAGAAACUGAGACGCAGAAGAGAGACAAAGCAGAAGAGGAAGCAAAAAGUUAGAGAGGAGGUAAGGAGACAGAGACAAGACAGCAGAAGACAGGAGGAGGAGGAGGAGGAGGAGAGGAAAGUGGAGCAGAAAGAGGAGAAGAACGAAGAGGUGAGGAGGAGAGGAGGAAGUGCAGCAUCAUCAUGGAGGAGGACAUCAGGAAGAAGGGGAUGCUGUACCUGCAGCAGCAGAGGUUUGGAAAGAAGUGGAAGCGUGUAUGGUGCGUCCUGUACAGAGAGAGUUCCUGUUCGAUUUCCAGACUGGAGUUCUUUGAGUGUAAAGAUGGAGGCAGUGUGGAGAAGAACGACAAGAGUCUACGCAAACAGCAGGAGCACAAGAAGGUGAUCCGUCUGGCGGACUGUAUCCGGGUGUCUGAGGUGGAGAUGGACGGAUGUCCCAGAGACACGGGACCCUUCCUGAUUGAGACCACAGAGAAAAUCUACGUGUUCGCCGCAGACCGACUGCAACUGGACGACUGGACACACAAACUGUGUGAGAUCGCCUUCCCUAUGAAGUGGACAGAGCACGGGGUGAAGAGAGGCAGCCUGCAGAGAGGACACAGAGUGGAGGAAGAGGAGGGGAUGGAGGACAACUCACUGUACAGCGGCAGAGAGACAGUAGUGCGUGACUUCAGAGUGUGUGUUCGGAGGACGGAGGCGUCCGAUCGCUGCAGGCUGAAGGGAGACGGGUUCCUGCGAGCAGACGUGGACGCUCUCCUCCUGAUGGACAAGAGCGGUGACGUGGUGUACACCUGGCCGUACAGAUACCUGCGCCGCUUCGGACGAGACAAGUCCACCUUCUCCUUCGAGGCCGGCCGGCGGUGCGACUCCGGCGAGGGCAGCUUUGAGUUCGACACCAAGCAGGGGAACGUCCUGUUUCAGGCGGUGGAGGCUGCCAUCAACCUGCAGAGGAUCUCCCUGCCCCAGAGGCAGACGUCCGGGGGGGGCCAGCUGAGUCCAGAGACCCCCCAGGACAUGAGCCUGCCCCCCCUGCCCCUCAACCCGCCCCUGGCCCAGAGCAGGACGCCACCGCUGCCUCAGCCACGCAGCCAUGUCCCACAACCCCCUGCUGCUCAGCAGGCAGCUGACGGCGUGUACAGCAUGGUGACUGAAACUCCAAACCACCAGAUGAUUCAUCACAAAGACAAAGAGAGCUCCUCUUCCUCACAGCAGCAGCAGCAGCAGCGCCCCCAGAUGUCUCGUCUGGAGCCUCCGGUCGACAAAGUGCUGACGGGUGUGAAGAGUUUGACCUUGGACACUCGUGGCGUCCCCAUCCCGCGUAAGAACCAGGUCAAGAUGAUCUCCAGCUGCCCUCUGCCUCACGCCGGCCCCGAGCCCGGCCCCCACUCGGCCCCGGGCCCCAGCUCCAAACUGGACCAGAUGUACUCCCAGAUCACCCUGCCGGCCGCUGCAGAGCGAGGCACCAAGAGGGAGAAGAGGAGUGGCGGCACCCCUCCUGUUGUCCACCCGGAGCCGGAGUAUUCGCUUCCCUUCGACACCAUCGCUGUGAACACUAUGGCCGACAUCCUGAAGUCCCAUCAUGCUCACAGACCUGAGUCCGGCGCCGACCCGCUCUACGACAGCAUCGAUGAGAUGAAGAUCAGGAACAUCUUCACAAGUGAUGCCACUGCCGCUGCCGCCACCGGGCCAACAUAUGGGAAGAUUGAGCACAUCUACGAUGAGCCCGAAGGCUGCGCCGUCCCCACCACCACACAGAAACCUCCCACCUCGUUGUACGACGACCCCGAGGAGAUGAGAGGAGACGCCUGGAGGAUUAUGGGUACCCCUGCUGACCCUAAAGGUCAUGAGUACCCGUACAACCCUCGGGUGGACGACUACGCCGUUCCCAAACGAGCCAAGAGGGCGAUUCCUGUUGCACAAAGCACUGAUGAAGAGGAAGAAGAAGAGAGGGAGGAGCCACAGGGGGAGGAGGAAGAGGAGGAGCAGAGGGAGGAGCAGCAGGAUUCACCGUACAACAACGUGAUGGUGAAGAUGGCGUAGAUGAGACAGGAAGCAGCUGUGAGCGUUAACAUGUGUUAGGUUUAUUAUUUAAUCAAUAAUCAGAGACGAACACUGACGCUCGCUCAGAGCGCCAUCUUUACUCUCAUCGUUUCACGGCAACGUCCUCGUCCUCGUCCUUGUCUCUGGACGACGACGUCAGUCAGCGUCUUCUCUGUUCAUAAUUAUGUCUCAGUUUGCUGCUGACUUAUGUUCUUUAAAAACUUUUAUUUUCAUCAUCGACUGAUCAUUUAUAUAAAAUAAUAAACUUUAUUUAUACAACAGGUUUCAAACAAAGUUACAACCAGGAGCAAAAAUAUUUCAGGACAUCGAAUCAGACGAUCACAAGAGUUUGAGUUCAGAUGGAGACAGAAACAUAAAGAUAGAAAACACCAACAUCAAACUGAUCAGACAUGUUGGAAAUAAAACGAGCGGCUCGCAUUAAUAACCAGCUUCUUCUUUUUUCUUUUUUUUUUCUGCUGUGAAACCUUCAUCACCUUCAGUUUUCAGUCAAUAAAAUGUCCGACUGCAGUAACACGUACAGUGUCAGCAGACGUUUGGGCACCUCUGGUCAAAAUGUGGUUCACUGUGAGCAAAAGAUGAGCUGAUCUCCAAAAGACAUGACGUUAAACAUGAAACAUGCUUUUCAACAUUUUAAUGAAGAUCAGUGUUUUGUUUUUGUUUUGUACAAUUUUAGAGUGAAAAAUAAUAUGAAAGGAGCAACGUCCAAAGGUUUGAGCAGUGAGACAGCUGAGCAGUGAGACAGCUGUCCCCACGGUCUCUUGUUGACAGUGAUGGUGAGGACAGAGCAGGUGACUCCUGACAGCUUGUCCCAACACUCAGCAGCCAUGGGCUCCUCUAAACAGCUGCCUGCACUCUCAACACUCAAAGACCUGAUGAAGACUAGAGGAAGAUACAAAGUGUUUUCAGGGAGCUGUUCCCUCACUUGGUCAUGUCAUUAAGAAAUGGACGUUAACAGGAACUGUGGAGGUCAAGCUGAAAACUGUGAGAGAGCUGCUCGUAGGAUUGUUAGGUGGGAUUUAUACGUAUGUAUCAGCUCUACGGCGUAGCUCACGCACGAGGCCUACGCCACUGUGAGCGUUUACACCUGUGUGGUGGUGUGUCUGUGUCACUCUGCAGUUACACCUCCACAACACCAGGUGGGGUUUCUGUGAAGUGCUGUAAAGUUUAGUUGAUUCAAAACACACAUUAAACACCUUUAUCUGGACACAUUUUCCCCACAAAUACAACAUGCUAACGUUAUUAGCACAAGCCUAUGGCAUUUUACAUUGUAUAAAUUAGCCUAGCAGCUAGCAGAGAUUUCCUCUGCUCAUAUUUCAGCCAGGAUAAAUCACACACAGUGUGUGGAGGCUUUAUUGUCUUCACAAUUUAUUGUUUCUUAUCUGUGAAAUUAAAGUAAAUCAAAGCUUUGUUUCCACUGAGGGAAAUUGUUUCAGCUUACAGAGACAGACAGGAGGUCUGUGUCACUGUGACAUGGAGUUACAUCUCUGGGGAGGUGCACGUCAGGCUGCAGCGUAGUCAUUUAGUCCCACCGGUCACAACAGUGACUGCAAAACAAGUUUUCAGUUAUAAGGCUUAAAAAUGUCACUGAAUGACGUGUUGAUGCAUUUUCAGCAAAUAUUUAAAUAAUAAAGUGUCUCAGUGAAAUCUGUGCAGUGUCACAUGUUCAGUGUAAACUGUCACAUGACCAGAGCUGUUAACUUCCUGGUUGCACCCAAGGCUAUUCAAGAGAAGGCUGAGACACGGGGUCAAACAUGGGGGGAUUGCACAUGCGCAGUGUAACUUGAGCUGCGAUGCUGGAGAGUGACAGCAGGGGCGCUAGAUAAAAAGCGCAGGAUCCACUCAGGCGAUCAAGGACUGCGCUUGGUGCGGUCUGCUUGGACUUUUGGACGGCGGCUGCCUGAAGUUGUCGGAAUUGCAUCUCUGUCAUUCUCACCCACAACGCAGGCCACCAGUGACAGUCCAAUAAUAAGCUGUGAAAAUGACAUGCAUGCACAUCCCCCUUAUUCCGCGGCCUCACGCCAUCUACUGAGCCUUUGAGGAAGUGCAGACCAGAUUUUACUGCGCAUGUGCAAUCCCCCCAUGUUUGACCCCGUGUCUCAGUCUUCUCUUGAAUAGCCUUGGUUGCACCAUGAGACGAGGAUGGCUGCAUCAAACAAAAGGUCAGUAAAGUGUAACGUGACAACAGGACUGAGGAUUUGGGGACACGUUUUCUUUAACGUGCUCAGUAAAGUACGUGUUGAUCAGGAGGGCCCAAAGCUUUCAUCUCAGUAUCUCAGAGUCCACCGUGACGUCCUCAAAUGUCUCUUUGUCUCUGAUCCACAGUCCAGAGACCCCACAGACAGAUAGACAGACAGACAGACAGACAGGUUACACCAGAAUAAUAACCAGGUUAUGAUCAUAUUCAGAUGUGGUGUUUACAUAAACACAUAGAAUUCAUACUCCCUGUUUUCAUCCUGGUUUCUGUCAAAGCGCUCCAGCCAACACAUUCUGGUUUCUCAUGAACAGAAGACGGUGUUAAUAUGUUCAAACACAUCAUAAACAUGUUGUUCAUGUAAAUGUCCUCAAUGACUCAGAUCACGUCUCAGUGUGAGACACAGGAGGACCUGGACCCACAGACCGUCUGAUGGUUGCUCUUUAACAUGAUGACUGAGUCAGAUCUGUGAUGAACACACCUGCUGCCUUCUCUUUCAUUUCCUCUUAUUUUCACUGCAACAUUUUGCAUGAAACCCUCUGUGGGUUUGAACAGUGGCGUUCUCUGUGCAGCACAUGAUGUAACACACACUGCAUCUGUUAUUAACUGUGGACAUAAUAAAAAAUAAAUCUUAAACAU